AUGUCAAGAUAUGGCAAGAAUGAAAAGAAACGAGUCAUUUGCCCAGUGUGUCAGAAAACAUUUUCAAAUGACCACAGUCUUGCUCGACAUCAUCUAAUACACACUGGUGAAAAACCAUUUGCAUGUCCAUAUUGUGAUCUCAGAUUCACCCAGAAGUGUAAUAUGAAGCAACACUGUUUGAAGCUCCAUCACGGAAAACAAAAAGCCAAAAAGAAAAGUAACCAACGAUUGAAAACAGGCAACCUCAAUAGUGAGAAAGCAUAUACCUGUGAACAUUGUUUGAAGGCAUUCACUAGAAAACACUCACUGGGUAGACAUAUGAAAUGUAUUCAUACUAAGUCUCAAGAUAAACCAUAUCAGUGUGAAAAGUGUUCAAAAUUAUUCACUCAAAAACGAAACCUAGCUAGGCAUAUACGAUCUAUGCAUACCAAGUUUCAUAAUGAAGUCUCUACAAAUCAAAACAAAUCUGAAGAUGGAAUCUCGUCCUUAAAACAUGGUGUGAGUGUUUAUACAGAAAAACCUAUAAAAGGUAACAAUUUAAUCAAUGAGAAACCAUAUAGUUGUAAACAGUGUUUGAAAUCUUUCAGUCGGAAACGAUACUUAUGUAAGCAUGAAAAACUUGUCCAUCAAAAACAUGCAACUUUCCGAGAUGACAGACCUUCAUUCAGUCGAAAACGAUACUCAUAUAAGAAUGAAAAACGUGUUCAUAAAAAACCAGCUCCUUCACAAGGUGGUAGAUCUUCAGUCUGUAUUAAAACAACAAAUUGGGUGGGGUAUGCAGAUAAAAAAACUGGAAUGAUGCAAUACAAGUGUAAACACUGCAGUGAAACGUUUAAACAGGAGAUCAGUGUAAAGAGACAUUCCCUUGUUCAUUUCAAAGAAAAAGAUGUCCCUUUUAAAUGUGAUAUUUGCAAAUCGCUGUUUUUGUUCAAAUCAGAUUAUGAGAGGCAUAUGCGGCAUCAUCCUAAUGUAGAGCGAAACCAACAGGGUGAGAAUUUAAAAAAUAUGGUGCCUCGGAAGAAAACAAACCAAUACAACUGUCGUGUGUGCUCAAAAUCAUUUAUUGAUAUGAAAAGCCUAUUUGUUCAUUCAAAGAAACAUGGAAGCUUGAAAAAAUCAAAGUAUGCUUGCAAGAAAUGCAAUCGAUCUUUCAAACUCAAAACAUCUUUGUUGGCGCACUCUUUAGUUCAUAGAAGCAAGAACCCAAAUCACUGUAAAAAAUGUGAGAAGACAUUUACAAGUAAGAAUCACCUGAAAAGGCAUGCUAUGUUACACACUGGUGAACGGCCAUACCAAUGUGAUCAUUGUGGAAAGAAGUUUAUAGAAAACUGCCAACUCACAAAACAUUUACAACAACAUACUAAGGAACGACCACAUAAAUGUGAUCACUGCCACCAGACAUUUACAUGCAAUUCUGAUUUGACAGUGCAUGUGAGGAUCCAUACUGGUGAAAAACCUUACAAAUGUCAUCACUGUCCCAAGGAAUAUGGUACACCUUGCUUGUUGACAUCACAUCUGCAAUUGCACACAGUGGAAAGACCUUAUAAAUGUGUUUAUUGCCAACAGACAUGUACUUGCAGUGGUGAUUUGGAAGUACAUAUGAAAACCCAUGCAAAGAAUAGUAGAGGAAAACUCAAAGGCAAACGCUCAUCAGUCAAUUCAAAAGUGUGUUCUCAAGAAAAAUUGUAUAAAUGCAGGCACUGCAAUAAGGUGUAUACACAACGUAGAGACAUGAUUUUACAUAGAAGAACUCACCUUGGCGAAUGUGUUUACAAAUGUCAUCAGUGUGAGAAGGUAUACACACAAAAGGGCCACUUGAACAGGCAUUCGGUGAUUCAUAAACAAAAACGACUAUAUAAAUGUAAGCACUGUGGAAAGACGUGUAGAAGCAGUGACUUAUGUGCAGUGCAUAUGAUAACAUGUGCAAAAAAACUUGAAGAGGAUCAUGGUGGGAAACAGUCAAAUAUUAAUGAGGAAUGCAAGAAAACAACUUUGGCUCAGAGCACUUCUGCUAAAAGUGAGAUCUCAUCAAAAAAAUCAUUACCCAGUCAAUCAGUAUUUAACUGCAAGCAUUGUGGGAAAAGUUGUACCUCCAAUCACAGUCUGAAUAGACAUUUGCAUAAUGUGCACAAACAAAUCAGCAUUGAGAACCCCUCUCCAGUUGCAUUGCAAAAUCCAAUUUACUGUGGUUUUUGUGAAUUUACCACCCAUUUUAUUAUUGAAAUGACUAACCACUACAAUAAAAAACACUCAGCACGCACAGUUAAACGUAAGCUUAACACUGAAAAACUGGAAAAUAUCUCACAAGGUCUGGUUGAAAAUCUAAAUAAAAAAGAUGGAAGUGUGGAGGAGUCUCAAAAGAUCAUCUGCCAUUUUUGUGAGUUUUCGUCAGACUCUCCUCAGGCACUUGCACAUCAUUUGAAUGAAAAACAUUUCACCCAUAAUGGCUCAGAAAAAGAUCUCUCCCAAGAUCUAGAUGAACAGCAAGAUCAAAAUAAUGUACAUAUAAAUGAUGAUGGAACAGAUGAAGCUGCACCAGUGGAAGACACUUUGGUUGACAACAUACAAAACAUCUCUUCUUCGAAUCAGGUACGGCCACCCCAAAAAGUUAUUUAUUGCAGUUUUUGCCAAUUUUCAACAGAUUCGGCUCCUUCUUUGGCACAUCAUUUCAAUGAACAACAUUCUUCUUAUGAUGUUGGAUACAAAGGUAUUAGAGGAUCUGUCACAGAUGAAGCUGUCAAUGUUGGUGAAGAUGUAUUUGAAUCUGUUGUGGAACUUUCUGAAACUGGUAAUAAGGGGGAGUCUGAUGAAGAAGAAGGUAUUGAAGAAUCUUCCAUGGAAGAGGGAUAUCACAGUGAUAUGCAUGUAUCUGAUGAAACAUUUGAAAUUCUACAUUUACAACCAGACAACAUCAUAGAAGACAACAAAUCAAUGAAUGAUUCUGAAGUGGAACAUUCAUCUGAUGGGGAAGACGACAUAGAAAAAACAUCAAUGGAAGAGAAGCAUCUCAGCGAAAUGUCUACCAGAACAACAUCUGACAAUGUCCAUGCAAUUGAUCAUUCACAUCUUGGCAAUGUGAAUGAGCAAAUUCCUGUAGUAGAGGAUGACAUGCAAUUGAACAAUGCUAAAAUGAAACAUUCAUCUGAUGGGGAAGAAGGCAUAGAAGAAACAUCAAUGGAAGAGAAGCAUCUCAGCGAAAUAUCCCCCAGCACAACAUCUGACAAAGUCCAUGCAUUUGAUCAUUCACAUCUUGGCAAUGUGAAUGAGCAAGUUCCUGAUGAAAAUGACGCUAAUGCACAACUCUGA